AUGGCUUCCCUCGACUCACUCCGCCAUUUGGUGCAAACCCAUCCGAUCAUCGACAACCAUGCUCACAAUUUGUUGAGCCGUGACGUGGCCUGCGACUACGAUAGCUACCCGCUCGAGUCCGUCACAUCCGAGGCCCACGGUCGCGCGCUGGAAAACGCCCGCGCGACCCUGCCACUUUUGCGCGCCACCAACCAGCUCUCAGAGCUUUAUGGUUCACUCUGUGAAACCUGGGACGAUGUCCUCGCAGCGCACAGUCGCUGGGUGCAGGAUGACUACGACGGCCUGAUUCGCCGCAGCCUGGAAGGCACGAAUGCUUUGCUCCUCGACGACCUACUGAGUGACGACGAUGUCGAGUCCUACGACUGGCAUGACCGGUUCACCAUCACUGCGACGAAACGCAUCGUCCGCAUUGAGGCGGUAGCGGCCUCUGUGAUUGGGGACCUGAUGAGCACUGAGCGCAAAGAAGGCGAGACAGUAUGGAGCAAAUUCCGUCAGCAGUUCCUCGAGGCGAUUGAUCGCGCAAUGGACGAUCCAGCCGUCGUCGGCUUCAAGUCCGUGAUUUGUUAUCGAACCGGGCUGGACGUUGACCCCUACUCGGGCGAUGAGGAUUUGUUGACUGCCUCGUUGCAUCGGGUGCUUGACUCGGGGACCCGCAGGUCUGGCUACCGCGUUGAAGAGAAGCCGCUGAAUGACUGGCUGGUUCAACAGACGCUCAAGGCUAUUACUUUCAAGAAGAGGGCUGGGGUGGUGAAACCUUUGCAGUUUCAUACGGGGCUGGGUGAUAAUGAUAUCAGUCUCGUCAAGGCGAACCCCGCCUACUUGCAGCCUUUGAUUGUCCAGUAUGAGCAUGCGGAUAUUGUGCUGCUGCAUUCUGCUUAUCCUUAUACCCGUGAGGCGGGGUAUCUAGCUUGUGUAUAUCCCAAUGUCUACCUCGAUCUUGGUGAGGUAUUUCCCAUGGUCAGCCGAGAGGCUCAGGAGAAGAUUUUACGGGAGAGUCUUGAAAUCACUCCCACCAACCGACUACUGUGGAGCACGGAUGGCCACUUUCACCCUGAGUCAUUCUGGUUGGCCAACCGGCAGUUUCGUCAAGCUCUUGAAAAGGUGCUUGUCGAAUACGUUCAACAUGGCGACUAUACUGUUUCCCAGGCGAAGACAGCCGCCGCGGAUAUCCUCUUUCAUAACUCAAAUCGGCUUUACCGGUUAAAUCUGGAAUCGAAAUACGUGGAUGGCUCUGUUUUGUCGAAAGCCCAGACCUCGCUUCCUUCCUUUCCCUUGGAUGCGUUUCUUCUGAAGAACCCUGACAUCGAAUUCGUCUGGAUGCAAUGGGUCGACUAUACCGCAACAAUACGGGUACGCAUGUUCCCAAUCGAGGAAUUUGUUCGUAUUGCUCGCAAACAACGCCGGGUGGGAAUUACACUCUCAGUCUGUUGCAUGUUACAAGAUGACACUCUUCUCCCAGAAGGAACUCCUACUGGUCAGUUCUACUUGGAGCCAGACCUGAACAGUCUUUAUCGCAAUGGUGGCCUGGCAAAAUCAGCUGCCCCAAGUGCGACUGUCAUGACCUUUUGGCGAACGGAAGAUGGCGCACCUCUCGACAGAUGUCCGAGAACUACCCUCCGAAAUAUCGUGGAUAAGCUCCACGCUGAGCACAAUAUCCAACUAAAGACGGGCUUCGAAGUCGAGGUGGUGUUCCUGAAACCAACUCAGGACCAACACACAGGUCACGUCACAGGAUACACCCCAGCAGCAGCAAAUCAUUCCUGGUCGCGAAUGACCUCUGACACACGACGGCUCGUUCCCCUCCUCGAGGAAAUCACUCAGACGCUGGCGUCCAUAGGUAUCAAACUAGAGCAAUUCCACGCCGAGUCUGCGCCCGGCCAAUUUGAAUUUGUUCUUCCUCCAGCAGAACCUCUGGCUGCCACAGAUGCUCUCCUCGCCGCUCGGCAGGUGAUCGCCGCCGUCGCAGAACAACACGGCCUCCACGCUACCCUCCACCCACGCCCUGCACCCGAGGGAGCCGGCAGUGCCGCGCACGCCCAUGUCUCUAUAACCCCAACCACGAACGAAAAUGCAUUCCUCGCCGGUAUCCUUAAAUACUUCCAAUCCAUCGCCGCCUUUACACUCUCCUCAGAGGCCAGCUAUGAACGCGUACGCCCCGGCAUCUGGGCUGGCUCGGAAUGGGUCACAUGGGGCUUCCAGAAUCGCGAAGCGCCCGUGCGGAAAAUCGAAGCCGGUCACUGGGAGUUCAAGUCCUUGGACGGGCUGGCAAAUAUGUACCUGGCCAUGGCUGCUCUACUAUCGGGCGGUUAUAUGGGGUUGGAGUCGAAUCUGCCCUUGACAGUGAAGGAAUGUACAGUCGAUGCCUCGACUCUGACAUCUUCCCAGCGUGCUGAACUUGGAAUCACGACUCCGAUACCCAAGUCCUUGGCUGAGAGCCUGGAUGCCCUCGAGAGAGCUCCAUUGGAUAAGCUUCUGGGCGCUGAGAUGAUCAAGGAUUACGUUACGGUUAAGCGCGCGGAAAUGGUGCGUUUGCAGGCGAUGUCGUUAGAGAAGCGGAGGCUGUGGCUGUUGGAGCGCUAUUGA